AUGGCAGUCCUGCGACAGAGGAAGGGCAGCCGGGGGAAGGAGCCCCCCCAGCCCCCCGCUGCGGAUUCUCAGGCUCAGCAGCGCCACCAGGCCAACUGUUGCUCCCAGCAUCAUCACCACGAUGACCUCCUGCAAGGCGACUGGUCGUGGGGCUGGAUCGUGUGGACGUCGGUGGGCUGGUCGGUGUCGGUGGGCUUGGGCCUGCUGUGCUGCAUGUACAUGGCCACUCUGCACGAGAACGACCUGUGGUUCUCCAACAUCAAGGAAGUUGAACGUGAGAUCUCCUUCCGGACCGAGUGUGGACUCUACUACUCGUACUACAAGCAAAUGUUGAAAGCGCCAUCCAUACUUGAAGGAUUAUCGGAGUUGAUUCACGAUAACUUGACAGAGUCAAAGCGGACCAUCAACAUCCUGCAGAGGAUGAACAUCUACCAAGAGGUUUUCCUAAGCGUUCUUUACAGAGUGCUGCCCAUACAGCAAUACCUGGAACCUAUGUACUUCUACAUCUACAGCGUGUUCUCCCUUCAAGCGGUGUACGUGAUGGCGCUCUACCUGACGGCGUGGCUGCUGGCCGGCUCGUGGCUAGCCGGCGCGCUGGCCGCCGUCUGGUACAUCCUCAACAGGGUAGACACGACCCGCGUGGAGUUCACCAUUUCAUUGAGAGAGAACUGGUCUCUGCCUUUCUUGGCGCUGCAGGUGGCCGCCAUCACGUGCUACCUGAGGCCUCAGCUGGGCGCCUUGCAGCAGAAGCUGAUGGUGUGGCUGAUGUACGUGUGCGGCUUGUGCUUCUGCGUGACUUGGCAGUUCAACCAGUUCAUCUUUCUGGUCCAGGCCCUGGUGAUCUACACGCUGGACUGUGCCGACGUAUUCACCGCCUCACAGGCGACCACUUUGUAUUUGGUGCAAGUGAGCGCUCUGCUGAGCGUGUGGCUGCUGCAGUUCUUCAACAGCAUGAUCCUGGGCUCCUUGGUGCUCAGCUUCGUCACGGCGGCCCUCCUCGUGCGUCACUUCCACCCUUCUCUGAAGACAGGAAGUGUUGUGGUGCGAGUGUCCAAACUGAUUAUCCACAGCACGGCCGUCCUCCUGCUCACCCUCGCCUUCAACUUCCUGGCCAAGAAAGCGCUGCAGCUGCGAUCAGACGAGCACAUCUUUAAAUUCAUCAAGUCGAAGUUUGCCCGAGGGCCGACGAGGGAUUUUGACGCCAAUCUGUAUCUGUGCGAGGAAGCCUUCGGCUCGCUGCCAUUGGACACUCUGGAGCGUCUGUCCGCCACACUUCUGCUGGGCCCGUACUCCCUCACGCUGGCGUUGAUGGGCGGCGCCCUGGCUCUGGCGGCUCUGCGCAACCUCAGACCGAAAGGAGGCGCGACAGAGAAGAAGGCGAACAUUGCGCCGCCGCCGCCCUUUCGUCCGGACGUGGCGUACAACCUGCUGCAUACGUUUUUCUACGGCCUGCUAGCCUUCAGCACCAUGAGGAUGAAGUACAUCUGGACGGGCCACAUGUGCGCCGUGGCGGCGUAUGGCGUGUGCGGGAGGGACGUGUGGGCGAUGCUUCUUCACGCCCUACGGUGUAACACCAAAGUCAUGCUCAGAUUGGUCCGGUACGCCGCGCCCCUCGCCAUCACGGCCUUCCUCGUUUACAAGUUCUGGCCCAAAAUGGUGGAGGAGCUUUCUGACUUGAGGGAGUUCUACGAUCCAGACACUGUGGAGCUCAUGACCUGGAUUAGCACAAAGACCCCCGAGCGCGCCGUCGUCGCGGGAAGCAUGCAGCUGCUGGCCGGCAUCAAACUGUGCACGGGAAGAGUCAUCACCAACCACCCGCACUAUGAAGACAAGGACUUGAGAGACAGGACCAAACAGGUGUACCAGGUGUACGCCCGCCGCUCCCCGCAGGAGGUCCACGCCAUCCUGCAAAAGAUGGGCGCCGACUACGUGGUUCUGGAAAACUCCAUCUGUUACGAGCGCCGGCACCAGCGAGGGUGUCGACUGAGGGACCUGCUGGACCUGGCCAAUGGACACAUCAUGGAUGGCGAAGGCCCCAACGAUGCCGACCUGGUGGACGCCGCCCACCCGCGAUUCUGCGACGCCGUCAAAUCAGACUCACCCGAGUACACCGCCCUGUUCAAAAGAACCUUCCGGAAUAAAACGUUCCACGUUUACAGAGUCAAAAAGAAAGCCAAGAAGAAUGACAAGAAGUUAUGA